AUGUCCUCGAUCAACGGCUCCAGCAUCAACGGGAGCGUCCGAAAGGACAGGGGGAAGCCCAUCCCUCAGCCCAAGGAGACAUUCCUCCUCGGCAACGUGCCAGACCUCGACCCCAAGGUGCCUCUGCGCUCGCUGAUCAAGCUGGCCAAAGUCCAUGGGCCGAUCUACCAGCUCCGGGUGCCGGGCCAAGUCAUGGUCAUCGUGUCUUCGCAAGAGAUGAUUCACGCCGUGUGCGACGAGGCCAAAUUCGAAAAGGUCGUCGCCGGGCCGCUCGAGCACGUUCGAGAUUUCGCGGGCGACUCUCUGUUUACCGCCUUCAACCAUGAGCCGAACUGGGCGCUGGCUCACCGCAUACUCGUCCCUGCCUUCCGCCCCAUGGCGAUCCGGCAAAUGCAACCGAUGAUGAUGGACGUGCUGGCGCAGAUGGUGAUGUACUGGGAACACCACACCGGGCAGCCUUUCGAGCCCGCCGAGCAGUUCACCCGUCUGACCUUUGAUACCAUCGGCUUGACCGCCUUCAAAUACCGCUUCAACUCUUUCAACCGCGAGAAUCCGCACGACUUCCUCACCGCCAUGACCAAGCUGCUCGGGGACGCGUACACCCGAUCGCGCCGACCUGGUGUGGUGAACAAGCUCAUGUAUCGCGAGGAGGCCGAGUACAAGUCCAACAUUGCCCUGCUGCACCGGACCUGCGACGAGAUCGUGGCGGCGCGACGCAAGUCGCCUGACCCGGAAGCCGGGGACCUGCUCAACCGGAUGAUCAAUGACAAGGAUCCCGAGACCGGCGCGAGGCUGCCGGACGACAACAUCCGCUACCAAAUGGUCACCUUCUUGAUCGCCGGCCACGAGACCGCGAGCGGGACGCUCGCCUUCACCGUGUACUAUCUGUUGAAGAACCCGGCGAUCAUGUGCAAGGCCAGGGAAGAGGCCGACGCCGCGGUGAAGGACGCUGGGGGCAACCUAGCCGCGAUCAACCCUACCAAGCUCCCGUACCUCGACGCGGUGCUGAAAGAGGCUCUCCGCCUUCAGACUACCGCCACGUUCUGGACCCGAGCGCCCAAGGAGGAUGUCGAGCUCCCCGGGGGUUACUUCUUGAAGAAGGGACAACCCAUCGGGGUGGUUCCCCACUGCUUGCACCGCGACCCCAAGGCCUGGGGACCGGAUGCGGAGGUGUUCCGCCCAGAACGUUGGCUCGAAGGCACAGUCUUCCCGCCCGACUCGUGGAAGCCGUUCGGCAACGGGGCGCGAGCAUGUAUCGGCCAGCUAUUCGCCAUGCAGGAGGGGCUGCUCGCACUCGCCGUGGUCCUGCACCGGUUCGAUCUCGACUUCGCCGACAAGGGGUACGACCUCAAGAUCAAAAUGGGCAUUACCAUCCAGCCCGACGGGUUCCGCAUGGUUGCCAAGCCGAGGCAGGGUCGAAAUCAGAGUCUCAUUGGGGAGCUACUUACUUCGGGAGGGACCUCCGCCUCUGCUGCUCCGGCCGUAGCCAGAGCUGCCCUCGUCAACGGCACGGGGGCGCCCGCGAGCGAAGCAAAGGACAAGCUCGUCUUCUUGUACGGGUCAAACUCUGCGACUUGCGAGACUCUUGCCAGUGAGCUUGCUUCCGAGGGAGUGCAGCGCGGCUAUGGCACCACGGCGGCGGCACUCGACACUUUCGCGAAGGACGGCAAGCUCCCAACUGAGGAACGAGUCGUGAUUUGUACCCCAUCUUACGAGGGCCUGCCACCGGGCAACGGCCGACUGUUCGUCGAGGCAAUCACCAAGCAGCAAGACAAAACCGCUCUCAAGGGUGUUCGGUACGCAGUGUUCGGCGCGGGUCAUCACGACUGGCCUCGGACCUUCCACAAGGUACCGAAGCUCAUCGAUAGCCGACUUGAGGAGCUCGGCGCUCAGCGCUUCUUGCCGUUGUCCCUUGCUGAUGCCGGCGGGGACAUCGUCGACGACAUCGAGACGUUCAAAUCGAAACUGUGGGAGGCUCUCGGUGGCUCGAAUAGCGCGGCUACACAACCGCUGAGCGUGCAAGUAGUCCCUUCCUCGGUGAACCCGACCGCAGCGCUGCUUUCUGCCGGUGUUGAGGAGCUAGGCACUGUCGUCUCCCAAGCCACCCUGGUCGAAGCCGAGGCCGAUCGCAGGAAGAAGGUGCACACGACCAUCCGACUGGCCGAAGGGUGCCCAUACCGCGCUGGGGACUACCUCGCUGUCUUGCCCAAGAACCCACCUGCAACCGUCUCUCGUGCAUUGGUCCGCCUUGGGCUCAAGCCUGACAGCGUGCUUACCCUGCAGUCGGGCGCCGCCUGCCCACACCUGCCCCGUGACACUCCAGUCCGCGCCGGCGACCUGCUUGAGUCGUACAUCGAGCUCGGACAGCAAGUGAGCAAACGCACCCUCACAGAGCUGGCUGCGCAUUGUAAAGGAGAGGACGCCAAGGUGGCGCAAGCGCUGGCGGAUGAGAACAACGAUGAGAUCGUAUCCAGGCGGCUGAGCCUGCUCGACGUUCUGGAAAAGAUCCCGGAGCACAAGCAUGAUCUAGGAUUCUUCCUGGAGAGCCUUCACAAGAUGAAGAUCAGGCAGUACUCAAUCUCCUCCACGCCGCUGGCCGACCCUUCUCUCGUCACUCUGACCUACGACAUCCACUCGUCUCCCUCGGACCCCGCGCAUGGUCUGGGCGCCGCAUCCAACUACCUCUCCUCGCUCGUCGCGGGACAGUCGCUCCGAUGCGACAUCAAGUCAUCCGUCAACUUCCACCUGCCGACAGAUCCGGCGACUCCGGUCGUCCUCUUCGCCGCUGGGACCGGGCUGGCCCCCUUCAUGGGCUUUGCCGCUGAGCGUGCCAUGCUCAAAUCCGGUGGCAGACAGGUCGGCGCGACGAUACUGUACUAUGGCUGCCGGGACCGAACCGACAUGAUGCAUGCGGAACAACUACUUACGUGGGCGUCCCAUGGGUCACUCGAUCUGCGCCCGGUCUUCUCUCGAGCCAAGAGCGUCGAGCUUCCUGCCCCAGUCAAAGUGAUCGACGCGAAGUACGUUCAGGACAGGGUAUGGGCCGAGCGCGAAGAGCUUCGUGCACUGUACAAGGCUGGCGCGAUGUUCUACACUUGCGCGAGCGGGUCCCGGAUGGCCCUCGAUCUCAAGAAGACGCUCAUCAAGAUCAUCAUGGAGGCGAAGGGAUGCAGCGAGGAGGAGGCCGGCGAGAAGAUGGACAGCCUGGCCCAGGAGAGGUACAGGACUGAUGUCAUGUUGGGUGCUCUCGCCCUAGCUUCUACUCUGGUCUGGGCAGCGCUUGCGCAGAACGUUACCACGUCGACACUGCGAGUGACUUUUGAUCGGCCAGAUUAUGCCCGCUAUGUCAAUCCCACUUCAGCCGGGUUGUCGAUCGAGCUUGACCGGUUCCCGGACUGGGCGGGGAACCUCUCUCACCCGAACGAAUAUACACACGCUCUGCUCGACAAUCUCAAGCAGCGCACCGGCGCAGCUGUGACGAUCCGCGUCGGAGGUGGAACGCAGGACAGAACGGUGAUCACCCCAUCGGUCGAGGUGUAUGAGGAUGUGUUCCCCGCCGUGCCAGCCAACUACACCUCUACCAAGCAGCUCUUCCCAGAGGCCAACUACGUGGCUGUGGGCAAGGAGUUCUAUCUCACGUCGGGCAACUUCCCGUCGGGGACACAAUUCAUCUGGGGCGUCGACCUGUUGAAGAACAAUGUCAGUGAGGCGAAAGCCCAGGUCCAGGCCAUCCAGGACGCUUUUCAGGACUCUCGUCUAUCGCAUGUGCAUCUGCAGUCACUCGAAUUCGGCAACGAGCCGGACUCUUGGGCCAACAACGGGCGCCCAGCCAACUGGACCUUGCUGCAGUAUGCAGACCAAUAGCGCGCCAAUUCAAUGUCCGAACAUCACUACCAGAACCUCAACCUCGUACAGAGUCUGACGCCGAGCAACCUGAUCAACAAGGCCGGCGUACGAGGCAAUCUCUCGCAAUACACCGCCAGCGCCGAUGCAUCACACGCCAGCGGGCUUCGAUUCUACCUCGGCGAGACCAACACCGGAUUCUCGCACGGCGUUGCUGGCGUGUCAAACGCCAACGCGGCGGCGCUUUGGCUGAUCGACUACGCUCUGCAAGCGGCCACUCUUGGGAUUGACGAGCUGCAUUUCCACCAAGGCGUGGGCUACAAUUAUAGCGCAUUCGUCCCCAUCGACAACGUGGGUAGCUUGAACAUCACCGACUAUGACCCCACUGCGAAGCGUCACAUCCUGCCCUCAUACAACGGCUUCGUCGUAGUCGCCGAUGCCAUCGGCACAUCUGGCAAGACCUGGAUGAGCGAGCUGUAUACGGACAACGUCAACCUUGCUGCAUACUCAGUCUAUGAAGACAAGACCUUGAGACGCAUCGUGCUCAUCGACUCUGUCCCGUGGCUUCAAGCCAACACGACAUCUUCCAGGCCCGCCAUAAAGGUUGGCAUCCCCCAGAUCGCCGGGAAGAAUGCGAGGCUCAAGCGACUUUCGGUUCCUUCACUUGACGGCCUGAGCGGUAUCACCUGGGGCGGACAGAACUGGGAGACAUACAGCGGCACGGUCAAUGGCACGGAACAGUACGAGAAUGUCGCCGCGGACGGCAGCGUCACUAUCGAGGCUAGUUCAGCGGUCCUGAUCUACCUCUGA